GUAUGUUCUACAUCAGGAAGCUAAACUUUUCCCACUCUCUAUAGGGAGCACAGACUCCUCCCUACACUGCGCUUCCGCCGGAAGUUGUGUGUUAGCCGGAAGUAGGAGAGAAGAGUGUGGAGUACACGUGUGUGAGUGUGGCUGCCGAGUUCCAGGAUGACCAAGGUGAAGAAAGAGAAGCGGCGAGAGGCAGAGGAGGAAGCGGAGACGGCGCCCGAGGUCCCGGAGCGCUCAUAUGAGGAGAUGCUGACCAACAUCAACCCCAUCGCACAGCCGAUGGCGGGACGGAAACUUACCAAGAGACUGUACAAGUGUAUAAAGAAAGCCGUCAAACAAAAGAAUAUUCGGAGAGGUGUAAAAGAGGUGCAGAAAUUCAUCAAUAAAGGAGAAAAGGGAAUCGUUGUGCUUGCUGGAGACACCCUUCCCAUUGAAGUCUAUUGCCAUGUUCCUGUCAUGUGUGAGGAUCGUGGAAUUCCGUACACCUACAUCCCUUCCAAAUCUGAUUUAGGUGCUGCAGCUGGCUCCAAGCGACCUACGUGUGUUAUAAUGGUUAAACCAAACAGUGAAUAUGAAGACUCGUACAAUGAGUGUAUGGAAGAUGUACAAGCUUUACCAUUACCUUAUUGAAUGACUACUUUCUGGAGGAAGAAUAAAAAAUCUACUUUUGUUUUGUAUUGUACAGUUUGAGCUUCAGUUUCUGGUGUUUUUAUAUAUACUUCAAUUCCUUGUCUAAGUUGACUGGUUUGAUAGACGUGAACCUUUGUUGGCUGCAACAAAUUAAACUGCCCACUGUGUAUGGGCCUAAACACA